GGGAGAGCACUCUCCAAGCCUCGUUCCGGUGCACACCUAGCAGCGCAUGCGCUUCUCUGAGUUUUGGCAGGUGCAGUGACAUCUCCAUAGGACAGCAUGGCUUAUACGCUCAGAUUCGGGACGCCAAAGGCAUGGAACCUGUUAUCCGUUGCUGGUCAGGCCAGGCUCAUCCAUGUCACCCCUGUAGCAAAUUAUGCUCAGAAGGUGGCAAUGAGCAGAGUGGAGCCAAACAACAUGCUUGACUAUGACAAGAUGGACCAUGCCUAUGGCAUCGUCAAAAGCAGACUGAAUCGACCUCUCACUCUUUCGGAGAAGAUUCUCUACAGUCAUCUUGAUGACCCGAAAAACCAGGGCAUUGAGAGAGGUGAGAGUUACUUGAAGCUGCGACCUGACCGGGUGGCUAUGCAGGAUGCAACAGCUCAGAUGGCCUUGCUGCAGUUCAUCUCCAGUGGUCUGCCCAAGGUUGCAGUUCCAUCCACAGUGCACUGUGACCACUUGAUUGAGGCUCAAGUAGGAGGAGACAAGGAUCUGGCCAGAGCCAAGGAUAUCAACAAGGAGGUGUACGAGUUUCUGGCUUCAGCAAGUGCCAAAUAUGGCGUGGGAUUCUGGAAGCCAGGCAGUGGCAUCAUUCACCAGAUUGUGCUGGAGAACUACGCCUUCCCUGGUGUUUUGCUCAUUGGAACAGACAGUCACACUCCCAAUGGAGGUGGUCUUGGUGGUCUCUGUAUUGGUGUCGGUGGAGCUGAUGCUGUUGAUGUCAUGGCUGACAUUCCAUGGGAACUCAAAUGUCCAAAGGUGAUUGGUGUGAAGCUGACAGGUGAACUGAGUGGGUGGACGUCGCCUAAAGAUGUCAUUCUGAAGGUGGCUGGCAUCCUCACUGUGAAGGGAGGCACUGGGGCUAUUGUGGAAUACUAUGGCCCUGGUGUGGAUUCCAUCUCAUGCACUGGUAUGGGCACUAUCUGCAACAUGGGUGCUGAGAUCGGAGCCACAACGUCGGUGUUCCCCUACAACUACAGGAUGCAGGACUACCUGAAUUCCACAAACAGAUCAGAUAUUGCUGACCUUGCCAACAAGUACAAGCACCUGCUGUCAGCUGACCCUGAUGCCAAGUAUGACCAGAUCAUCGAGAUCAACCUCAGUGAGCUAGAGCCCCAUGUGAAUGGGCCUUUCACCCCAGAUCUUGCCCACCCUAUCUCCAAGCUUGGCAAAAUAGCUAAGGAAAGUGGCUGGCCAGCUGAAAUCAAAGUUGGCCUGAUUGGAAGCUGCACCAACAGCAGUUACGAGGAUAUGAGCAGGUCAGCCAGCAUUGCCCGUCAGGCUAUCAAAAAUGGGUUGAAAGCAAAGAGCCAGUUCACGAUCACACCAGGCUCGGAGCAGAUUAGAGCCACCAUUGAAAGAGAUGGGCAGGCACAAGACUUGGCUGGGCUUGGUGGGGUUGUGUUGGCCAAUGCUUGUGGUCCAUGCAUUGGCCAGUGGGAUCGUAAAGAUGUCAAGAAGGGAGAGAAAAACACCAUCGUCACAUCCUACAACCGCAACUUCACUGGACGAAAUGAUGCCAACCCAGCCACUCAUGCCUUUGUGACGUCCCCUGAGCUGGUAACAGCUUUAGCCAUUGCUGGUGACCUCGGCUUCAACCCUCUUACAGAUGAGCUCACUGGAGCUGAUGGUAAGAAGUUCAAGCUUGAGAGUCCCUAUGGUGAUGAAUUGCCCGCCAAGGGGUUUGAUCCUGGACAGGACACGUACCAGGCACCCCCUGAUGAUGGGUUCAAACUCAAGGUGAAUGUGUCACCUGACAGCCAACGUUUACAAUUGCUGGCUGGUUUUGACAAGUGGGACGGCAAGGACAUCCUAGACAUGCCUGUUCUCAUCAAGGCGAAGGGCAAAUGCACCACAGACCAUAUCAGUGCUGCCGGACAAUGGCUCAAGUACCGUGGCCACCUCGACAACAUCUCAAACAAUUUGCUCAUUGGAGCUGUCAACUCAGAGAAUGGUGAAAUAAACAAAGUACGGAAUCAGUUGAGUGGAGAAUUUGGUUCUGUGCCAGAAACAGCUCGAUAUUACAAGGCUAAGAAGGUACCGUGGGUCGUAGUGGGAGAUGAGAACUAUGGUGAGGGCAGCAGCCGAGAACAUGCAGCUCUGGAACCCAGACAUUUGGGUGGGAGAGCAAUCAUUGUGAAGAGCUUCGCCAGGAUUCAUGAGACCAACCUGAAGAAACAGGGCAUGUUGCCGCUCACAUUCACCAACCCAAGUGAUUAUGAUAAAAUCAAGCCAGAUAGCAGAAUCUCUCUCCUUGGAUUACAGAACCUUACACCUGGACAGAAUGUAGCAUGUGAAAUCAAGCACAAAGAUGGAUCUGCUGACAAGAUUGAACUGGCACACACAAUGAACGAUGGCCAGAUUCAGUGGUUCCGUGCAGGAAGUGCUCUCAACAGAAUGGCAGAGAUGAAGUGAUUCUCCAGUUCUGGGAAUAUCUGUGAAUGAGUGAUCCGUAGAUCCUCUCUAGACAAUUCAGGAAUAACUGUGAAUGUGUGAUAGGAAGGCAGGGACGUUGUCUCACACUGACCUUCUGGCUGCAAGUACUCACGUCAUAAUAUACAGAUGUGAUUUAACCUCAGACAUUUUUUUGUCAUUAGACCUCAGUUAAAGAGUGUGAUUGUUAUGUAGAAAUCAAAUUACUGGACCGCAGAAUUGUUUGUACUUUUGUUGAUGACUUAACCAGACAGAUGUAGCAACACACUUUGUAUGUAAAUAUUGCCAGAUGAAUAAAUAUAUUUCAAUUGUUAA